AUGUCUGUCAUUUUAUCCAAUUCAUCCCCAUUGCUAGAGCUUUCUAGAGGCCAUGAAAGUGCAGUCUUGACUUGCAAAUUCUUGAAUUCUGGUGCUACUGCGGUCUCUUCCGGUCUCGAUGCACACCUAUGUGUAUGGGACUUGACAAACUCGAGAAAUUUUGUGAUAGACCACUUGUUCCGCCAAAAUCCUGCCAUCACCUCAUUGGGGACGCUUGGUGGUCCACUUGUUGCCGCUGGAGCCUCUAGCUCGCAGAUUGCCUUAGUAGACAUCGAAACUGGUCAAAAACUGCGAAGUUACUCCGGCCACACCAAGGCUGUAAAUCAGAUACAUACCAUUUCCAAUGACACAUUUGUUUCUGUGAGCGACGACGGCAGCGCCAAGCUCUGGGAUUUGCAUCAGAAGAAACCAGUUUGGGAAGCAUCAACACCGUAUCCGCUAUUCACUGCUACAAUUGCUUCAGCUCAUCAAGAUAAUUACACACUUUACAUCUCUGGACUCGAGCCUACAAUUCGAGCCUAUGAUAUCAGGCAAACCAGCGGUCAAGAAUUGUUUAGCUGGACAAGUGAUCAUGCCGAUUCCAUCACAUCGAUUGAUGUCAAUUCUACGCACAAGAUGUGCAGCCUUGCAUUCGACAAUGAGAUACAUAUUCAAGAUGCCAAACAAAGACCAAUGCGAGACUCGAGAUUCUUGGGCAUCAUAGAUGCCAGUUCCAAUGAUAAUACCAACAAGUUUUUGGUCAGAAAUCGGUUUACAAAUCAAGAGCGACAUGUUAUAUCUGGAGGUAGCUUAUUUGAUGUUACUACAAAAGAGCAUCUAGUUGAUUUCCUUUCAGUACUGAAAACAAGAGCCGCCGUGAUUGACACGGAUUACGACCAAGAAUCUAAUAAAGUGUUGAUGAGCUCUGAGAAUGGUAACCUUUAUGUAUAUCAACUGUGA